UUCUCAUCUCAGCCAUUGUGUUGGUCGAGGAAGUAACCGAUUAACAUGGGUUUUCCGAGACUUAUGACCGGUAAUUUAGCCGAGGGGAACCACCACCCCAUACCCCCUGCCCCUCCUCCCUCUCGUUUGUCCAUAUUUCGCGGGAAUUCUCUCUCCAGCUGACGAUUCCACAAUUCAUAACCUCCACUGUUAUAUCUCUUUCAUCAGCUCAUCUUUAUUCCUUUUUCUUUUUCUUCAUUUUGCCUUUUUUUUUUCCUUGUAAAAUUUUUUAAUAAGAUUUCUCGUUUGUUUAAUGAAUCCCCAUCGUCAUAAAAAAUCACAACCAUUUGAGUUUUUAAUCCUUAUUUCAGUCCUGGUAUUAGUUGCAGUAGGUAAGGCUGAUGAUCUCUGGCGGCAAUUUCAUUUGAAAAGGAUGUUGGGCUUUAAUGACAGAAGGAGACAAUUAUUAGACACUGGAACCAUCAUCGUUCCAAGAGCUAGCCUGGUAUUAACCAGGACAGACUUGCAGGCAUUCUGCAACUUCAGGGAGGGAACAGCAGAGGUUUUGAUCGUUUUGUCGUAAUUGUGACAAGGGAAGAAAGAAUGACAGCAUCUACAGAGGAUGCCGCAGAGAAGAAGAGCGUGUUGGUGGGCAUUCGAAUCGACGGAUAUAGCAGAGACUUACUUAGCUGGGCCCUUGUUAAAGUCGCUGAACCAGGAGAUCGCGUGGUUGCAGUUAACGUUUCUCGAAAUUCAGAUCCUCACUCCAAAGAUAAGUCCUCGCUGGAUGAUUAUCUGCAAGUUUACAAAGGCCUGUGUGAUGUGAAGCAGGUUGAUCUCACAGGCUAUAUCUCGCGGGGGAAUUCGGUUAGGAAAGCAUUGGUGAGAGAGGCCAAACAAUGUGCUGCCAUUGCAGUAGUCGUGGGGAUUAACAGGCAUCAUGCUCUCGGGGGUUGGGUGUCAAUGGCCAAGUACUGUGCCAAAUGCUUACCGCCGAAUACCGCCAUACUGGCUGUCCACAAUGGGAAGGUUGUAUUUGAAAGGGGUUCGACAAACCAGCUUACAGUUGGCCUAAAAGGAGAUCCAAGGCCGAGCUUUUAUUCAGUUAAUAUUUCCAGGCUUAAGAAACAGCCUUCUUUAGUAGACGCAGAGGAGACGGAGAUUGAGAAACCCAGUUUGAAAGAUUGCAGUUUCAGUAUUUCUCAUGAAUGGGAUGAACCACCAUCGAGAUCAUCAUCUCUUCGUGUAAGAGAUGUGCCAGAAUCAAUGCCUGGUUGGCCCCUCCUUCGAAGAGCUGUUUCUGCAAUUCCUGAAACUAUGAGUGAUGCUGAAGCUAGAAAAAUGUCUGUUGUCCAAUGGGUAAUGAGCUUACCAAAUCGAUCCCCCCCACUCACUCCCAAGACCCAGAUUGGUUCUGAGAGUGAUAAAGAAGAAAAUCCUUCUGGAAGAGACAACAGCAAUUGUGUGGAUAAGAGUCACAGCAACUGCUUAUUAGCUUGGGAGAAGGUUCCCCAUGAGUUGGAGCUUCUCAUCAGGACAAACUCUCCAAGUUGUAGAUGGUUCAGCCAUAAGGAGCUCAAGAAUUCAAGAUCUCAGUUCUCAUCAGAACAUCUGAUCGGGAAGGGAGGGUGUAACCGCGUCUACAAGGGCUGUCUUCCCGACGGGAAGUCAGUGGCAAUAAAGAUCUUGAAAUCAUCAAAAGAAGCAUGGAAGGAUUUUGCCUUGGAAGUAGACAUCACAUCUUCAUUGAACCAUAAACACAUCACACCAUUGAUUGGGAUCUGCAUAGAAGACAACGAUCUCAUCUCGGUUUAUAAUUUCUUCUCCAAGGGAAAUUUGGAGGAAAAUCUACAUGGUACAAAAGAUGGAAUUGUACUGUCUUGGGAGGUGAGAUUUAAGGUGGCUGUUGGAGUUGCAGAGGCACUAAAUUACCUACACAAUGAUUGUUCUCGGCCUGUUGUUCACAGAGAUGUCAAGUCUUCAAAUAUUCUUCUCUCUGAUGACUUGGAGCCACAGUUAUCUGAUUUCGGUCUUGCUGUAUGGGCACCGACAACUCCACCUUAUUAUGAGAGCCACAGUGAUGUAGUGGGGACGUUUGGGUAUCUCGCACCAGAGUACUUCAUGUACGGGAAGGUUAGCGACAGAAUAGAUGUCUACUCCUUCGGUGUGGUGCUUCUUGAACUGAUUUCUGGAAGAAAGGCAAUCGGCGGUACAGGGACUACUCCCAUGGGACAAGAGAGUUUGGUCAUUUGGGCAAAACCAAUACUCAAAACCGGGGAUUUGGAAGGAUUAGUGGAUCCUAAUCUGGAAGGAAAAUUCGACGAGGCUCAGAUGCAGAGAAUGGUUCUCGCAGCAGGACUGUGCAUUACAAGGACAGCUCGUCUUCGUCCCAAUAUGAGUCAGAUAAUGAAGCUUCUAAAAGGGGACAAGGAUGUGGAGGAGUGGGCGAAAUCCUGUGGCAAUGUUGGGACAGAGUGGGAUAACCAAGAUGAUGAAGAAGUUUAUCCGGAAUCAAGUGCUGAGUCACUUCUAGGCCUUGCAUUGCUUGAUGUGGAUGAUGAUGAUGUCACAAUUACAUCUUUCAGCAGCGUGGACCAAAAGGAUUAUUUGAAGGGACGUUGGAGUCGUUCAUCUAGUUUUGAUUAGCUUCAACCUCCAACAACGAUUCUCUCUCUCCGUUUAAACAAGUUUUUGUCUAAUUUGUAGUUUUGUACAUUUGAGGAAAGAAAAAAAGUUGGACCCAAUAGUGGGUUUAUAUUACACGCAUCAAGAUCCAGCUCUGUAAUCUGUUUGUUUCAAUGUAAAAUUAAUUACUGGAAAUUUUUUCAGGC